AUGCAAGCGACGGGCGCUUUCCUUCGGAGCUGCCUCUCGGCUCACAGUGUACAGGAAGAACCCAGAGCCUUCACUCCAUGCGCUGGACUGGCUGACGGCAAGCUUGAAGCUAUGGCCACGGACAGAAGAUACGAGGUGAAGAUGUCGGUGCCAGAUGGCGCGGUGCCUGGCACCUUGUUGGAUGUGCCUGUCAGAGGUGGCUCAGAGAAGGUUCGGAUCCGAGUUCCGGACAGCUGUGGCGGUGGAAGCGUCUUGGUCCUGAGCCAGGCUGAGGGGAGCACUGAGUGGGACCUGAAGAUCGAAGAGGCGAUAGCGCCUACGCAGGAUGCGAGCACCACUAGCGAGGUGAUGAGGAGUGCGCCAGUCAUCCAGCCGGCGCAGGAGGACAGCCCCAAGCCUACAUUGUCUGAGCAGCCCGUGGCAUACACCGUGAGGUUGGACACAACAGUGGGGGUUAUCGAUAUCAUUGUGAGACCCGAUUGGGCACCACACGGCACACGCCGAUUCUUGGAACUGGCCACUUCAGGAGAUCUUAGCAAUCUCGCGUUUUAUCGGGCGAUCAAGGGUUGCAUCUCCCAGUUCGGCCUGCCACCAAAGCGACCGUGGCCACCCAUACCGGACGACCCACCAACAGGAGUGCCUUUCUUGCUGGGUGCUGUGAGUUUUGCGGCAAUAGGCCCAAAUGCUCGGAAAUCUACGCUCUUCAUUUGCACGGGCGACAUGUCCCACUGCUUGGGCGACAAGUCGUGGGAGACACCAAUUGGGGCUGUGGCGGAGGCCUCGCUGGAUGUGCUGGACUACAUUGAAACAGUUUAUGGCGACAUCGUGGAGUUUGGUGGGCAGGGCCCGGACACAAGCAGAAUAAAUGCCGAGGGGAACUUGUACCUCCAGACAAACUUUCCGAAGCUGACCUACAUCAGAUCAGCCACUGUGCUGGACGAUGGUGCCGACUCCCCCCCAAAGGAAACGCAUGAGGUGAAGGAAGACCUGAGCGCCGUGAGCCGUGCUGUGCAGGAAGCAGAGGGUCUGGCAAGGGCGAAUGCAGGCUCCGCGCAACAGGCACUGCAUCAGGCGCAAGCGGCGGCUGCUACUGACUCCUUCGAGGAGUUGCGGGCAGCAGUGAGGCGAGCCAGGCAAGCUGCUGAUGCUGCUGAGGCCGCGGCCAAGGCAGCGGAAGCUGCACAGGCGGCUGCAGAGAGCAGACAUGCCCCUGCGGCAAACCAUGUCAGCGUGGCACCACAAGCGCAAAUGGCGUCGCCAGCUGUGGCCAUGCCUCAACAGCAGGUGGUGCCAUGUACAGUGCCGGCUAUGGUGCCUUCGCCAUGCCCAGGUCCACAGCGAAUGCCUAGCAUCCAGGCUCCAGGCAAUCCAACCGUGCAGGCUCUCCAGUUUGCCCAUGGCCCACCGCCUGCGCACAUGCAGCAGUUGCCCCUGAGGCCCCAGAUGCCGGCCCACGGUCAGGCCAUGGUACCUCCAUUCAUGGGACUUGCUGGCUGCAGACCUCUUGCUCCACAAGUCGCACAGGGGGCGUUCCCUGUGAUGAACGGAGGCUGCGCAGUUCCACAGCCAGCGCCGUCUCCAAUGAUUCCUCAG